AUGGAGGUAGAAUUACCAAGACUUGAUUAUAAGACUAUAGAUGAUUCAGGAUUAAAGUUAGAUUUUAUAAAUGUUGUUUAUGAUAAUUUGAUACAGUUGCCUCAAGAUGUACAAAAAGAUGUUUUAAAAGCUAUUAUUAACAGUUUGCUCAAAGAUAAAAGGCCUCACUCCAAAGAUGAUUUACGAGGUUACCUGAUAUUAUUACAGAAUCCUCAGUUUCGUUCUACUACAACUUAUGUGAUAUUUGCCCAUCUCCUUCGUCAAAUAGCCGCAUUAUCUGAUCAUGAUCACCAUUUCUUGGUGCACUGGAUCAAAAAAUUAGAGAAAGACAGAUUUAAGGGCUUGCUGGACAGACUUCAUAAUUUUAUAUCUGUACGCUUAUUUCCACCUCGACCUCAAGAUUUACCCCCAUUACCUAAAUGCUCAUGGUGGAUACCAAGUGCCACUAAAGUCAUGGCUUUACUGAAUGCUGCUAAUACAGUAACACCAGUACUACCACAUACUGCUUUCUAUAACAGUACAUUAGAUCAUCUAGAUCUGAUGGCAGAAUAUUACGCUUGGCAAAAUCCUAGUUCACAUGCAGGAUUUUCUUUCUGCCAGUAUCCAUUUAUUUUAAGUAUUGCUGCCAAAAGGACAAUAUUACAGAGAGAUUCAGAACAACAGAUGAUUAUAAUGGCAAGAAAAAGUUUGGUUGCAAAGGUGCAGCGUCGACAGCUACCAGAUAUUGGAAUGUUAUUUUUAAACCUGAAUGUUAGACGAUCUUAUCUGGUAUCAGAUUCAUUAAAUGAGAUUGCAAGAAAACAACAUGAUUUAAAGAAGAAAUUAAAAGUAACGUUUACUGGUGAACCAGGUUUAGAUAUGGGAGGUUUAACUAAAGAAUGGUUUUUACUUCUUAUUAGACAGAUCUUUCAACAAGAACAUGGUAUGUUUCUAUAUGAUAAAAAAUCUGGAGUAUAUUGGUUUAAUCCAUCUCCAAGAGAAAAUUACCAAGAAUUUAAUCUUGUUGGAGUUCUAAUGGGAUUAGCUGUUUAUAAUAGUAUUAAUCUGGAUGUACGAUUUCCUCCAUCUUGUUAUAAAAAACUACUGAAUCCUGCUGUUGUACCAUUUAGUAAUCCACGAGCUACUGUUGGUGUAACAACCUUUACAUUGGAAGAUCUCAAACUUGCUCAACCGGAAGUAGCUAAAGGUUUACAAGAUUUGUUAGAUUAUUCUGGUGAUGUUGAAGAAGAUUUCUGUCUUACAUUCCUGGCAUCUUAUACUGAUAUGGGUAAUGUUAUCACCACAUCACUAAAACCAGAUGGUGAAAAAGUCAACGUUACUGCUAAAAAUAGAAAAGAAUAUGUAAAUCUGUAUGUUGAUUGGAUACUGAACAAGGCUGUAUAUCCACAUUUUCAAGCAUUUUAUCAUGGUUUUCAUAGUGUAUGUGCCUCUAAUGCACUUAUUAUGUUACGACCAGAAGAAGUAGAAAUGUUAGUAUGUGGUAAUCCUACUAUAGAUUUAGCUGAAUUACAGAAAGUUGCUGUUUAUGAUGGUUAUAAUGCUACAGAUCAAAUAAUUAAAACAUUUUGGGACCUUGUAAUAAAUAUGACAGUGGAUUUACAGAAGAAAUUACUAUUAUUUACAACUGGUAGUGAUCGAAUACCUAUAGGAGGUAUGAGUGAGAUGCAUUUUAAAAUAACAAGAGUUGAUGGAAGUGAACUGUUACCUAUGGCUCAUACAUGUUUCAAUCAACUUGUUCUGCCACCCUAUAAAAGUCGUAAAGUCUUAAAACAAAAACUUCUUAAAGCUAUUAACAAUGCUGAGGGUUUUGGACUAGAGUGAAGUGAGAAUGGUGAUUACCAUUCGAAUCUUGUAAAGAUAUUAUGAUGUACAUGACAGAAUAUGAAACUUAUUUUUGUAAUGUGUUAUAGCUGUGAUCUUUAAUGACAACCGUAAAGUAUUUUGUAAAGUCAGAAUUAUCCGUCCAUGUCUUUAGAGAGUAUCUCUAUGACUACAUGUGGAAAUUAUUAAUUCUAUAUACAUUAUUUAGUGCCAUUAUUUUUGUUACUGCUGUCAGGAAUGGAGAUAAAUGAUGCAGAUAUUAUUGUAUCUCCAGUCGAUAUUAACAAUUGAUGAAAAUUUCAUAAUCCAGAGUUCAUUAAACUAAAUGUGUAAUCAGGAAAUAUGCACCACACUCUGUUUAUGAUUUUUAGAAUUUAAUGAUCAAUUUUAAUACAUUCCUUGUUUGAUUCAUUGACCAAUAUUGACUUGGUACCUGGUUUGGCUCAGUCAGCGCGGGAUUAACCAUUGUUUGGGCCCCGGGGCCUUGAGCAUGUUGGGGGCCCCCAACCUAACACAAAUGACCAGAACUUAGGCAGUAUUAUUCCACACACGUGGAUGUAACUACAUCAAGCCUAAUUUGAAAUCAGUCAGUGAUAAAUAAGGGGGGACCUUUAGUCAUAUCUGCGAAGUAACUAACCAGAGUUGAUUUUUGACGAAUGGCGAAAUAUCGUAAGUAAAUAAUGUGAAAUAUUACACAUAUUAUACACACCAACUUUCAACUAAUUAUAGUCAGGGGCUAAACAUUGAAGAAUACAAUGCAGCAAAAAAACAAAAAACAAACUAUGUUCGGAGAUUAAUGGGUUCAGAGUUACUUUAAUUGCACCUCCAAGUAGCACAAGAAACUGUAACCAAAAUAUUGCACUUAAGGAGGAUUUUAAUGCAUUUUCUUGAUACACUUUUCCUGCUAAAUAAACAAAAAAAAAAGAAACACGGAUACAAGGCGAAAGUAUGACAUGGCAUCGCCGGAUUACACCGAACUCUCAGAUGUCAACCGCAACACAAGCCCACAAUGGAUGGAAGGGGCCCCACCAUGCUCUGUUGUUAAUCCGACCCUGGGCUCAGUACCAUAUCAUCUUUAGCAUAGGACCAUACUAAAUAAUUAUGUUUGUCUUUAAAAUGUGUGGAUAAAAAAAGGCACUAAAUAUAUUUUUGGGUAGUUGAGGGUUGCAAUUCCCUGCUUGCCUGUAUCUGCACUUGAUAUUAUGUUAUGUGAAAUAAUGUCUACAAGGAUUCUUCAUAUGUUUAUAUUCUUUUAGUUUUUGUCCUGUUAUUGAUGCUGCUGGUUUAGCCUUACAUGUUGUAGAAAGAUAAACAAGUGAUGAUGAAAUUCAGAUAGAUCUGAUUUUAAAUGUUUUAAAUGAGUGUUAAUAAAAUUUCAACACAGAUAUUAAUAGAUAUAUAAUGUAUAUUUUUAACUGUGCAAUCAAUUUGAGGAAUGAUGAAAAUUAUACUGCGAAAA